AUGGCCGAAUUCGCCUUGCCUCCUCAAUCAUUCACGCCAUACCCUUUGACACAGAUACCUUUGAAGGAUACUAUCACGAAUGCCUUCACAGGGAAAUCUGUUUUAUCGGUUCGAACCCCAGCAGUGUUCAUCGAUAGGGCUAUCUUUUCGAGAAACUGUGCCAAAAUGCAGGAGACAGUAAAGUCAUGGGGAACAAGAUUUCGAGCACACGUAAAGAGUCACAAGACGACGGAAGGAGCUCGGCUGCAACUGCAAUCCACGGCCGGACAGUCAUCUGCGGUAAUUGUAUCGACCCUGAUGGAAGCAAAGCAGAUUAUAGAAAGUGGCCUCGUAAAGGAGGGCGUCGUAGACGAUAUACUCUAUGGGUUACCGGUUGCACCUACCAAGAUUGCGGAUAUUGCAGAGAUGUCGAGUACUAUGGCUCAACUAAACAGCAAGGCAAAGUUUAGGUUGCUUGUUGACAACGUCCAACAAGUCAAGGCGCUCGCUGCUUUUGGAAAUAAUAUCACAUGGUCGAUUUUUAUCAAAGUCGACCAUGGAGGCAAGCGUGCCGGUUUACCCAUCGGAUCAGAAAGUUUGAAAGAUCUGAUCCAAUUGGUCCUUUCUACACCUUCGAUAUCUCUAUUUGGCUUCUAUUGCCAUGCUGGAGAUUCGUAUGCCUCAACCUCUUUUCAAGAGGCGUCAUCAUUCUUGACAACAGAAAUGCAAACAGUCAAUGCUGCCGGCUUACUCGCUCUGUCUCUGAUGAAGGACUUGGGUAACACGAGCCGUCACCAAAAUCCACUGGUGCUAUCUGUUGGCUCUACACCAACGGCACACUCGGCCUCUCUAAUCGAAUCUCCAGCUGACGCUCUCCGCGCAGCAGUGACCGGAGGAGAGCUCGAGAUUCAUGCAGGAAAUUACCCACUCUGUGACCUUCAACAAAUCCAUACAGGACUCGUUGAACCAAAGGAUGUCUCUCACCGAGUUCUAGCUUCCGUCAUCAGCUAUUAUCCUGGACGAGGGGAGAAUGGGACAGAUGAGGCUCUCUGCGAUGCUGGUGGAAUUUCCAUGAGCAAGGACAGAGGACCAAGUGGGGGUUUUGGAGACGUGGUCCCAUGGGACGUAGAUGACACUAUCGGGAAGAGGGAGACAGACGGUUCAGUGACUUGUGAGUGGAGACUCGGUCGGUGUAGUCAAGAGCAUGGAAUUUUGGUAAAGAAGAGAACCGGAAGCUCUCAAGGAAACGAAGCAUGUCUCAAUCCCGGAGACCAUGUUUGGAUUAUCGGACAGCACGCAUGCCUAACGUUGGCGGCACACCCUUGGUAUUAUAUCUUGGAUUCAAGUAUCCAAGGCGGCAUGGAUACCAUUCAAGACAUCUGGGUAUCAUGGAAAGGCUGGUAA